CUCUACAUUUAUUUUUAUUUUAAUUUGCAUAAUUAUUAAUCUAAAAUGAAACAGUUUGUAUGUCAUACUAAUGGAAAUAAUUUUUCAAAAAUUUUUAAGGCUAUUUUGGAGAAACAAGUAUUAUUGAAAUAAAUGUCAAAGAGAGUCUAACUUUAAUAUUAAUUCACAAUUUGAAAAGAAAAAACAAAAGGACCUCUAUUUAAAAGUAUUUGAAUACAAAAAGAUCGACAGAAUUUCCAAAAAUUUAUUCUCAAAGUUUUUAUUGAUUUAAUCCUGUAGUAUACAUUUUUGAUAUUUUAUUUAUCAACGCCCUCGACUGCCGGCUCCACGUACUCGGUAUCCUUUUAUUUAUUUGUCAAGAGACGGACGUCGCUGCGCAUGUGGGGUGUCCUGGCCUGCGCGGGCUGCAUCGACCCUCAAACCCAUUUCGUUACUCUCCAGCAGUGCAUGCCUAGCCGGAUCUCAUCGUGCCGGGAUAAUCGGGAAAUAAGUGAAACGAUAUCGUAUUAAACCGAGUUAACCAUUUAAUAAUUUGCCGUCAAGAAAAAAAACAAGAGAGAAAGAGAGAAAGAGAAAGAGAAGGCGCGGCUUGAUAAGCGAAAAAGGAGCCGCGGACAUCCGAGAAAACGCGAUUACGUUAUCUGUCUUACCAAUGUAUAUGCACGACUUUUGUUAACUUAUUUUUUAAGAACAUCACUCGUUAAAAUAAUUUAUAACAAACUACGAUUCACAGAUUCGGUCUCGCGAGUGUGGCAGAGUUUUAUAACAUUUUGUACCAAUAUAAGAUGAUUGCCAUGUUAAAAAUUUAAUUAAAUUUUAAUCUAUAUACGUGAAUUGAUAUUAAAUUUCUUAUCGAUUUGCAAAAGAAAUUUGGAAUACAUAAAAUCGGCCGUCUAAAACAAACAGCACUGCAGACGAGUGAGUCGACAAUUGUUGCGUGUAAAAUCGCGCAGUGAUGUAAAGAUAAAAACGGUAAAAACGAGGACGCGAGAACUCUUUCCGUGAACACUAAACACUUUAUUUAGUUUUCGCGAAAGUAAAUAAAAGAAAACUGUCUCAAUGGUUCUUCGUGGCUUGUUGACACCUGCUCGUUGGAGGAAAAAUAAAACCGCAAAAAGAAGCCAGAACGUCGCUUGGGAUAGCGUAAACGCGCCUGUCGGCCAAUUGGGAUUGUCACGUUAUGGACCGCAGGUGAUGAGCGUGCUGUGUUUAUGCACCACCAACAUCCAUCAGUCAUCCCAUAACGUUACGCAGGCCGGCAAGAUACUUCCGAGUCCGCCAUCAGACACCCUUUGCGAGCAGCGAAUAACGCCCUCGCAGGAAAUACCGACUGACGAACUGGCUCUAUUAGCUAAGCUGGAGGAAGCCAAUAGGCUGAUCGAAUCCGAUGCAAAGUCACUGAAUUCUCUCCAGAGCAAUCAUAGCAGGAAGGGCUCCGAUACAUCUCAAGUGUCUGUGGCGUCGGGGGGCAGUGGAGGUAAUGGCGAUGCUGCACCCCGACGCCACAACCCAGCCGACGGUGAAGAGAAUACGUGGACUCUCUGGGGUCACAUAGUAGCCGAUUGGGAUUAUCAUUGGAAGAAACGGAAAGAAUUUGUUAAGGAAUUGGUUCGUCAAGGCAUACCUCAUCAUUUCAGGGGCAUUGUUUGGCAAUUAUUAAGCGGUGCUCAUGAUUCUCCAGUUAAAAAACAAUUCGCCGAAUACAUUAAAGCAACAUCAGCAUGUGAGAGGAUAAUUAGAAGGGAUAUCGCUAGGACAUAUCCUGAACAUGACUUUUUCAAAGAAAAAGAUGGUUUUGGUCAGGAGAGUUUGUUUAACGUUAUGAAAGCGUACAGCCUACAUGAUCGUGAAGUAGGAUACUGCCAAGGUUCAGGAUUUAUAGUAGGAUUACUUUUAAUGCAGCAAAUGCCAGAAGAAGAAGCUUUUGCUGUACUCGUAGCAUUAAUGCAAGAAUAUCGCUUACGGGACAUGUUCAAACCAAGUAUGGCUGAAUUAGGAGUGUGCAUGUAUCAACUGGAACAUCUAGUUGCUGAUGCACAUCCCGAACUUCAUGCUCAUUUCACGGCCCAAGGUUUCCAUACGUCAAUGUAUGCGUCUUCUUGGUUUCUUACACUGUUCACCACAGCGCUAAGCCUUCCGCUAGCGUGUCGCAUUUUUGAUGUCUUUCUAUCAGAAGGCAUGGAGAUUAUCUUUAAGGUUGCAUUGGCGAUGUUGCAAUUAGGCAAAGAAGAUUUGCUCAGUUUAGAUAUGGAGGGAAUGUUGAAGUUUUUCCAAAAGCAAUUGCCUGGAAAGGCUGAGAAAGAUCCCGAUGGCCUCAUGACGCUUGCGUAUGGAAUGAAAAUCAAUCCAAAGAGAAUGAAGAAACUAGAAAAGGAUUACACUAUAUUAAAGAUGAAGGAGCAAGAAGAGAUGGUCGAAUUACGCAGACUUAGAGCAGAAAACAGAUUGCUUAGACAAAGAACUGAACUUCUUGAAGCGGAAUCCGCCGAAUUGGCCGAUAGAUUAGUUAGAGGCCAAGUGUCACGUGCCGAAGAGGAGGAGACUGCUUUCAUAGCGCAGAGAGAAUUGGCAGCACUUCGACAUUCGCAUCUCGAGACGAGCCAUCAACUUGAACAGGCUCAUGAGGAAUUGAGAUCGUUAUCGAUUCUUCUUGAGGAGAAUGUGACGUCUAGGCAAUCGUCACUUGAUGAGAUACUAGUAAAACAAGAAGCAUUAUCGCAAAAGGAAGAAAUGAUACAAUGUUUGCAAGAGGAAUUGGUUAGAGUUAGAUUACAUGAGGCAGAAAACGACGCGCUGAUUAGAGAACUCAGAGGAAGAAUACAAGAAUUAGAACAAGAUAAGAAGACCCUGCGCGAAUCGACGCCGGACAAUUCCGUCGCUCAUUUGCAAGAGGAACUUAUUGCAGUUAAGCUUAGAGAAGCAGAAGCCAAUUUAUCAUUAAAGGAUUUGCGGCAGAGAGUUGUGGAGCUAAGUACAGCUUGGCAGAGGCAUCUACAAGAACACCGGUCCGCUCAAUCUGCGCCUGCCGCUGAUUCUACGCCAAAGAAGCUGCUCUUUUGGGAGAAUCGAGGUCACGAGGUGCAAAAGUUUGAAGAAGACUUAAUGACAACCAGAAUUCGCGAGAUGGAAGCGUUAACUGAAGUUAAAGAGCUGCGACUUAAAGUUAUGGAGCUUGAAACUCAGGUGCAGGUAGCAACUAAUCAGCUGCGUAGACAAGACGAGGGUGGAAAAGUACUUAAAGACGAAUUGGAAGCUGCGUUAGCACGGGAGAAAGAUCUGGCUGCCAAAUUGAGAGAACAACAGCACAAGUAUUCCGAUCUAGAAUCGAAAAUGAAGGAUGAGGCUAUGAUGGCCAGGAUACGCGAUGCCGAGCACGCGCAGCAAGUGGCAGAACUCACGCAGAAAAUAUCUCUUCUCGAGUUAAAGAAUGAGGAGAUGCAUGCGGAAGGCGAACUUAGGAAUAAUUUAGAUGACAGUGAGAAAGUAAGGGAGCUUCAAGAUAAGGUCGCUGAAUUAAAAGCCGAGGUCAUGAGACUAGAGAGUUGGAAACAACGGUGGACGGGACUCGGCGGGCAAACCGUGCGAAGUUUUAGCGUCGAUACUGAAAGCGAAUUGGACGAGCGGGAUCUCAGAAUUUGCUUGCAGGAUCAUAUCAAUACGACCACGCCAAACUCACCCGAGGUAUAGAAUUCUAUGUAUACCAAGACCAUUAGGCAGCUAACAAUACUCCGUCAUCGAUGCGCACGAACCUUUUGUUCGUUGUCGGCUUUCGCUGUAGGAAAUAACGCGUAUGCGCUUAGACUGUAACGCGAGAAUAGAUCGUAAUAAUCUUGUUUAGUUACAUGUAUUACUAUUAGGCCAAAUAUAACAAGUACGCAUAGCCGUUAAUUAAUUAUGCUUAACGAUGACGAAACAAUGAAAUAGUAACGAUAGAUGUUUUCGGUAAUCGAAAUAAUCUCGAUCGUAAUCAGGACCUGAGACAAUUGUUUAAAAAAAAAAUUUUAUCAUAAUUUAUAUAAUUCGACAUGUUGAAAUUUCUUCAGAGCAAUAUAAUAAAUUAAUUGUUUUAUGCAUAGGCAAGUAUCGUUUAUAUUAUUAGCAUUAUAUUAUUUUUAUUAUUAUUACAUUUUAUAGAUUACAUUAUACAGAGUAUUAUAGAGCAUAUACUAGUUGUAGUCAAUAGCAGAGAAUUAUUGAAUAGAACUAUAAAUAUUUGUUUCUAUUAAUCAGUAAAUGAUCAUAUCAAUAAUCUACGUUUGAAAGAGAUGUAUAAUACAUACAUACGACAAUUUUUGAAGAAUUACAAAAUCUGCGAAGGAUGUGAAUUUGAAUUUUAUUUAAACUAACUCCACACAUUCCAUAAUUACAGAAAGUAUUUUAAAAUGUUCCUUAACUAUAUACAAUACAUAAUAUAUACAUAAUAUAGAUGUCGUCCAUCUUAUUAAGUUAUGAAUUUGAAUUUUAAUAAUUAAUCUCUACAGAUUAGCUGGACUAAUUUAAACUGAAUUAAUCACAUUAUCUCUUGUCGAAAUAUAUUUUUGUUUAAUAUCUUUUGAUAUUAAUGAUAAAUUCUCUUCAAAAAACAUUUGUUCCAACACUUUUCUAAUUUUUAUAUUAUUAUCCUGAAAGCGAACAAUUAUUAAAAAAUUAGAAAUUUUAAUAAUUAAUCUUUAUUUCUAUUAUUAUCUAUAUUACAUAUCGCGAUACAAAUAUAGACUUACACAAACAGUCUAUAUUUAUUUUUUAAUAUAUACAGAAUCUAAUGGAUACGCGUGAUUUGUAAUAUAUUAUAGAAUGUGGAUUUUUCUUGUGUUAUUAAAGAACAUCUGGAAUAUGUCUUCGCUCUAACUUUUUGAAAGCUUGAUUACGAUUCGUAGAUUAUAUGAAGAUUAUCAUAGACUUUCCGUGACACACGCAAUUGUUUUUAUACGCAUGAAAUACUCUAUGUAUUUUUUGUAAUUCAUACCAAAUGUAAUCGCAAUUAAGAAAUUAUAUAUUUAAUGCCGAAAAACGUGGGGACAGUAAUGUAUCGCCGUUUUUUAUAAAAAUAUGUAUUUAUAUAUUAUAUAUACAUGUACGUAUGUAUGUGUGUAUGUUUAUGUAUGGAUGUUAAUGUAUGUAUGUAUGCGUGUGUGUCACGAGAAAUCAUCGCAUAUAAAACACGAUAUUCAUAAAAUACACAUAUAUUGCGUGCGUUAUUCGAAUCGAAAUUUAAUCAUCUAAACAAUGAAUAUAAAUUCAUGAUUCGCUUUUGCGAAAUAAUAAUAUACGGAGACAAGGGGACAAAACGAACGCGAAAGGAUAUAAAUUAAAGAUGAAUGUAAACUUUGUUAUGACAACUGGGAUAAACCACACACGUUCAAAUCUAAUUUGUUGCUUUUAUACAUUUUAAUUAUUUGUAUGUUUGAACCGACUUUAUUUUGUUAUUUUCAAAUUUUUCCUGGAAAUUUAUCAGUGGGUUAGCUAAUUUUUAUUUUGUAUAACAUGUACAAAUGUUUUUUGUUUGAAAAUUCUCUUUCACAAAUAACAUAUUUUAGUUGGACUUUGAAAAGUUUCUAUUUUGAUAAAAUUUUUCUGUAGUGCAUCCAUUCAAAUCUCGAGACAUGUUUAGAAACGAAUAUUAAGCAGUAGUAGUAGUGGAUAAAAUUAUAUUUCGUCUAUGUCGAAAUCACAUAUAAUUUCAGAUAAAUCAAAGAAGGUACUUUUCUCUAGUAUGUUUUUGUAAUAAAGUUUACAGUUUAUCUUUAAUCUACAUCUUUUUACCUUGGCCCUUUUUCUCUUUAUAUUAAUUAUAUAAAGUUUAAUAUACAUUAUACUCUCGAACAGAAGAAUAUAUCGAAUUUUUAUUAUUGUUGUUCUAUAUAUGUAUAUUAUUUGUAACAUAUACUUAACGAAUUUCUUAAAAAAAAAAUAAGAUUAAUUUUUAUGGGUAAUAUGCAAUUUGCACACAACACAAGGUGUGUACAGUUAAUAAGUUGAUGAUCAAUUUUACGAGGGAUUGUAUAAUCGUGAUAAAUCGUAAAUUGCUAUCGAAGAAGAAAACGCGUCUUUUUCAAUCGAUUUAAUCGAUUUCAUUGUUGAAAUUAAAACCGGACGAGAUUAAUCGGAAGUACUUAUAAAAAUUAGCACUCGAGCACAGCUCGUUCCUUUACCGUGACUUGGAUAAUUAUCUCCAAUGUAAGUAUUCGCGUCCUGCAAACUUUCUUUUGCAGCGAGUCACCUUAGCCUACUUGCAACUUAUCUUCUCUCGCUUGGCCUAAAUUGUUACGCGCGCCCAAUUCCUUUGUUGUGUCAAAUAAUCGGAAUUGUUUUAACCCAUUAAAUUGCAGUAUUUCAAUAAAUUCUAUAUCGAACUUUUUUAACUUAUUUGACUGAAGUCUAUUCGCUUUACCGCGACAUUGCGAAAAGAGAAUGUAUUGUAGUCAUUAAAAGCUUGAAAAUAAAGGACUAAAUUAUCGUUAGCGACAGACUCGCUUUUAGUUUGCUGAACAAUAACAAUUUCAUUAUCGAUUAACGUUUUUGGAGCUUAAGCGCACCCUUUAAUUUACACAAUUUCUCUCUUUAGAUAAUUUUAUAAUUAUGUUGAGGCUAUAAUGUCGAAACAGACAUCGAUUUAAUUAAUAGCUCGGGUUCUCGGUAGCCUCGGAGCUGAAAGACAACUCGGCAGGUCUAGGACAGUCUAUAUACACAGAUCCAAUGACGCAGAAACUACAGAUAAGUAUUAUGAUAUUAGAACGUGGUUCGCACGUCGUAAUUCACUGCCGUUAUUCUACGACGUCAAGAAUUCGCGAUGAUUAAAUCGACUCUCCGGCGGCAUAAUUUUUUAAUAGUGCAGCUCUGACGUGCAACAGAAUCGGAAAAGAACCGCGCUGUAAAUAUUCUGUGCUAAAUUCAGAAAUAUAUAGAUGCAAACGUCACUUUCUCUUCGGUCUCUUGCACACAUUUAUUCCUUUGCCGUGCUACUUACAAAUAAACGCAUCGCUCGAGUCAUAUCAUACGCGUUUUCUACAAUCCUUCGUUCGAUCCUUUCUUAAUUAAGAUCCAUCAAUUUCGAUGCCACGUUUUCUCUUACGUACGCGCGCGAUUCGUUGUUGCAGAAGAUCGCUUGUGCAAAGUACACAGUUGAAAAAUACUAAUAUUGGUUUGUGCUGUUUUCGCAACUUUGUCAAUGAUAUGCUCAACCUAAUUUGCUCACGUUUGCGUGUGAAAAACGAAGGAGGCUCCUGUCGAGAGAAAAGUGAAAAAAAAAAAGAGCUCGUAGCUCGCACGUUAAUACACGGAUUUGUAUGGUGUGCUGCGAUGUUUAGAAUUUAUUAAAAAGAUUGCAAUUUAACGAAUAGCUAUGUUCAAGAACACCGUGUAGACGAAUUCAUUCCAUUUAAUUGAAUUAUUGAUCGUGCGCGAUAAAAGCGAGGUAAUAAAUAAAUCAGCAACUACGAUUGCAUCCAACGGUAUCAAUAAAUUAAGUUACAUGCA